AUGUACAUUUUGCAGACACAGAUAUAGGAACGCAAUUCAAACAAAAUAUAUAAACGCCUGUUUUACAAAAGUUUUCACUUGAAAGAAAAAAAUGGCAGCUCAAGUGGUGGCGAUUAUGAAAGUUUUGUUGUUGGUUUUGUUUGUUGAGUUGACCGGAUGUACAGAUCCGAAAGUCUAUUGGUCGAUGGACAAGACGUUGGGGAACCAAAUUACACCAGACAUUGGGAAUGUGGCGGUAUUUACUUUCAACACUGGAGGAUCAUUCGUGAACGGUUACAAUGGCAAUGCGUUACGUCUGUACCAAACAAGCGACACAUUCAAUGGAGUCGGGGCCGUCGCGGAUGAGUGCGUAUUCGAACCAGCCAACCAAUGCAAUGGAGGAUUAACAGUAGCCGCGUGGAUGCGACCGCAUGCGUGGGCUGCUGAUACAAUCGUUAUAACAACGGGUAAACCCCCCCUAUUGGUCCCCGGAUUCACCAUUUAUCCGCGAACGUCAAUAUUUCAACGAGAGAUAAUUGCUGACGUCAUAUCGUCUAGUGGCACCAGAUUCACUGCCACCAUUGAUAGAGAUCUUAUACCUUUGGACACGUGGACGCAUUUAACCAUGGUGUGGCAUGAAACAACUGGUAUAAAGAUGUACAUCAACGGCAUCGAAGCAACAUACAUUAGCUCACCAGCGUCAUCUAGCGUCAGCUUAUCAACCAGUUUAAACGAGCUAAAAUUCACAUUCGGCAGUUCGUUACAACAACUCGAUUUCGAUGAAGUAAAGUUAUGGUACAACCCACUAACCCCUACCCAAGUAAUGCGGGCGGUCACCAAUGUACAGAGUGCAUCGACAGCAACGAAAACACCUUCGCCAACCACGACGACGACAACAACAACAACAACACCUCGUACUACAACAACAAGGGACUCGUUUUUCAACGGACCUGCAUGGGACAAACUUUUCCUGGCAGCGGCAGUAGUCUUGUUGUCAUUAGGCUUGUUGUUGAUUGUUGUUCUUGUAUGUUGUUGUUGCUGUGGAUAGAAAUGUUGUUGUGUUGGUGAUGUAGGCGGCAAUGAAAGGGAAACAGAUACGGCCGAAUGAAACUGCGAUGACGUCAGUUAUGUCCGCUUGAAUUCUUAUUUAGUGUUAAUUGUCUUUGCAGAUUCCGCCCUGUGUGUUCAACUCUUAAACCAUUCGUGCAAAAGCAGUUAAUAUAAAAUGGACCAACUCUAGCAUAAUGAUAGGGUCUCUGCCAAUGACCUCACCCAUAUAGAAUAAAAUCGUGUUAAUGACGGAUGACGCUAUACAGCAACGAUUCACACAAGGCAUUUGUCACGAGCUUUUCAUUGCUUUGUAAUUGUGCUUUUGUUGGUAAUGACAAAAGACAUGCCAACUCAAUACAUCCCGGUUCAACUUGUAGAAAUACACAUUGUUACAAUAGCGCAAUAUUGGCUUCUCAUUCGAACCUGUACAUUUGAAUAAAAAAACUUAUUUGAAACUACUGAAAUGGACGACGAUAAUGAUAAAUUGUCCCGGUUUAAGAAGUUACAACAACGACGAAGCGAACUUAAGCGACUUAACCGAGCUGAGGUCGUUGAGGAAGAUCGAAA